UAAACGGCCGAUGGAUGGUUCCAUGUGCGACAAUGGCGUGGUCGGUGGCAUCGGAGACGUUCCGCCCCGAAAAUCGAGAAAGAAAAACACGAAACUGGAGACGGCACUGAAGGAACUUGCAGCUGCUAAGGCAAGCAAUGCAUUGCUAAGCGCGGAAUGGAAUAAGGCACAAGAAACGAUCAGGAAUCUACAAAGUACUUCGAAAGCACCAGGCAGUGAAGCAAGUAGUGAUGUGAACACUGAUGAAUUUAUUGACAUUAUCGGACCAUCGAGUACACACCGUGAUAGGAAUACAAGAGAAACUACGGAGAUUUCACGCUUCAUGUCUUCCGUCAAUCAAAUGUCGGUUUCAUCGAUAACCGUGCCUGAGUGCAAACCAUCCUCGGGUAGCGAAAUGAUUGGACGCCAAGACUUUGAAGCAUGGAGGGAUCUAUUGGUGGAUUCCAUGAAGCUCGCCGGUAUAACAGAUGAGGGCACUCAAUAUAUAUUGCUUAAGGUGAAGGCCGGACAACAGUUGCUAGAAAUCUUGAAAACACGAAGUCAACUAGCGAUGCUCCCGAUCCAGACGAAUUCCCUUUUCGAAUGCUUUGUUUCGGUUGAAGGCAUACUUUUCAUCGGGAUCUGA